UACUUCGAAAAGCGAGGUAAUGCAAUUUAAAGCUGGGCCAAAAUCAUACAAAAUGACACCUGUUACCCUUUGUGGUACCGCUUUAAAAGUUGUACAGAAGUUCAAGUACCUUGGCCACUGGGUAACAGAAAACAUGACAGAUAAUGAUGACAUAGAGAGGGAGCGAAGGGCGUUGUGUGUUCGUAGUAACAUGCUGGCCCGCAGAUUUGCUCGUUGUAGUAAUGAAGUGAAGCUAACGCUCUUUAAAGCAUACUGCCAAACAUUCUACACGUGCAAUCUGUGGGUCAGCUUUACGCAGCGGGCAUACAGCGCCCUUCGCGUACAAUACAAUAACGCGUUUAGAGUGCUGUUUGGGCUGCCGCGUUACUGUAGCGCGUCAACUAUGUUUGCCGAGGCGCACACCGAUAGUUUCGACGCAAUAAUUAGAAAACGGUGUGCGUCAUUAGUCGACCGUCUUCGCCACAGCCCAAACAGUAUUCUAAACGUGCUGGCGCAGCGCUGGGACUCGCCUAUGUUCGCGCGCUGGGUGCGGCUGCACGCGCCGCCGGUCGCCGCACCACGCCGCUUUUAGUUGUAAAUAAGUAAUUAUUUUUGUUU